AUGUUUUUGAAUUUGACUGAUCACCAUGUAGGUUUUCCAUUGCUUCCCCCAAGGUCGAAUGUAGCUUCACCCCGGCGACGAUUUCCCAGCUUUCGCCGCCGCUCUCUACAGAGUUCCACCAGCACUGGCGUAAUUCCAGUCAACGGCAGUCCGGGCGUCGCCGCACUUCCUGGGACUUGUUCAACCUCCGUCAAGUUCGCCAUAAGUGCUGACACCGCACAGCAAAGCACGCAGCCCAAGGAGGUUUACAACAACACUGCCAUCUAUACACCAGUUCCGACUGUCGGAAGCGGUCGGGGUACCGAUAUAGCUCAGAUUCAUUUCACAGUGGAAGUCAAAUUGCUCAAUGAUGAGGAGGAGGCUCUGCUGAUUGACGUCAAUGCAAGUCGAUCCUAG